AUGACUAACGAAACUCCAAAGAAGAAAUGGAUCAUGAACGCCUUUGCAAUGUUUGCACCUGGACAUCUCUCCCCCGGACAAUGGAAGCAUCCUGAUGACCGAGCCGGGAACUAUACUGAUUUAACGUACUGGACUGAUCUGGCAAGAAUACUUGAAGCUGGAAAGUUCCAUGGUCUCUUCUUAGCAGAUGUAUUGGGAAUAUAUGAUGUUUAUAAAGGCCCGGCCAAUAGCACUCCAGCGCUGGAAUCAGGAUCGCAAUUCCCAAUUGGAGAUCCAUUUUUGCUCAUAUCCGCCAUGGCUGCGGUGACAAAGUCCUUAUCAUUCGCAAUCACUGCAUCGACAAGCUAUGAAAAUCCAUAUGCAACUGCGAGAAAAUUCUCCACACUAGAUCACCUCACCAAGGGACGAGUAGGGUGGAAUAUCGUAACAUCUUAUUUGGAUAGUGCCGCCAAAGCUUUCGGACUGGAUGAGCAGAUACCUCAUGAUGAAAGAUAUGCCCGAGCUGAGGAGUAUCUAGAGGUAGUGUAUAAGCUUCUAGAAGGAAGCUGGAAGGACGACGCGCGUGUUCAAGACUUGCAAACUGGGAAGUAUAGUAUAGCAGAGAAAGUCAGAGCAAUUGAACAUAACGGAAAGUAUUAUAAAUGCAAUGCUACUCACCAGCUGCAUCCAUCAAUUCAACGCACUCCAUUCAUUCUCCAAGCCGGUGCUUCAACGGCAGGCAAGAAUUUUGCAACAAAACAUUCUGAAGCCAUGUUCCUCCCCGGACUUGAUCCACACAAAAUCCGGAAGGAGGUUGAUGCCAUCCGCGAGCAGGUGGUUUCCCAUGGGCGAUCUGCUGAUAGUCUCAAGAUUCUUGCCGGAGUCUUGGUGAUAGUUGACGAGACAGAUGAGAAGGCGCAAGCGAAAUACGAGGAGUAUCUGAAAUAUGCCGAUCUGGAAGGUGCGGCGACACUGUUUGGUGGGUGGACAAACCACGACUUGUCAAAGUACGGUGAAGAUGACGAUUUCAAAUUUACCGGAAGCGGUGCCAUUCAAUCGAUGGUAAACACCUGGUCUGCAACCAUUCCUGGAACAGAUGGUAUCAAAUGGACGCGUCGAAGGGUAUUGCAAGAGUUGGCUAUUGGCGGCGCACAUCCAAGAGCCAUAGGAUCUCCUCAAACUGUUGCCGACAAGCUGCAAAAAUUUAUCGAUGAAGCAGGUAUUGAUGGCUUCAACCUUUCAUAUGCGGUGUCUCCAGGCAACUUCGAAGACAUGAUCAAGUACCUUUGGCCUGAAUUGAGGAAGAGAGGUGUGUUCUGGGAUGAUUACGAGAAGGAGGGAAUCUCGAUGAGGGAGAGUUAUUUAGGUGACGGGAAGGGUGCUAGGCUGCGUGAGGACCAUCCUGGUGUAAAUUAUAGAUGGGUGGAUUGA